AUGUUCUCGCGCCGCUUUGUGCUGCUCCAAUGGAGUCUAGCUCUGCUCUUGAGCGCCUCCUUCGUCCUUGCCCAAUCGGCACCCGGAGAGACGCUGCUGGACCCACAAGCAACAUGCCCACAAGAGACGAGGGACUCCAUCACUACCUGCUUGGGACAAGUGGAGGUGGACGAGUCUCAGAGACCUGGUGGACCUUGCAAUGAUGGUGAUUGGCCAUGCAUCUGCAACAAGCAGUACGGUCUCAUUGUGAGUCGAGAGCAGGGCGCAUUCAAGGAAGCAUGCAUGCACGCCUGCCUGCUUGCCUGCAGUGAGACACGUUGUAACUCACUCGCACCACUUUUUUGCGUCUCACUUUGUUUGCUCAGGCUUGCUACGCUCCAUGCCCAGGCAUCCAGCCAGCCGAAGAUGUCACUUACAACAACGUGAGUGUAUAGUAGCAGGUGAAACUUGAUCAACACACAAUGAUGCUCGCCCCCGACAACGAGCGAGGUGGUGGCCUGGGGCGUGUGUGUGCGUGCAUCCAUGCCCGUCUUUUUGGAUCUGCCCUUUUUACCAUGCAACGCUCCCACAUCUCUCCUUUUCUCAUCUCACAGAACAAUUGCGCCGGUCAGCACAAUGGAGUGAGGAAUGGAGCGGCGGGCGGAGCGGCUACGUACAGCGGCGCUGCUCUCACCACCACAGCUCCCAAUGGAGCGACUGGCACCGCUGGCAGUGCAGGCGGAGCUACGUGAGUGAUGGUUGCGCAUGCGCGUCGAGAAUCCGAGUGGCUCGUGCAACUCGGAUGAGCGAGGGACGCACGCAGGCCAUGGUGACGUGACGCUGCUUGACUGAAAUCAUUUCCUGAUCUAUGCAUGCAUGCAGCGCAACGACGGAACCGGGCGCACCCAGCGCCUCGAACAGCAGCGCUCCCAACGCGACCAGCACCGGCAGCAGCAGCGCGAGCACGAACAGUGCUGCGGUGAACAGCACGAGCACCUCGACUCGUGCAGGUUCCGGCGACGGUGCGCUCUCUUCUCUUCAUUUCGGAUCUGCUCAGAUCGGCACCGUGCUGGUAAUGUGUCUUGCCAGUCUGGUUGGCGUCAUCUUUGUGCUAUGA